UAAAAGUGGUUGCAAGUGUGUGAGAAGAGAUGUUUUUCGUUGCAUUCUGUGUUGUUCAGCUGUUGUCGCUGGCCAGCGGCGAGAGCGGGGCCGCAUCUGAGCUCUCGCUCGUGUUCCUGAGCGGAGAAUGCGAGGGUAAUCCAUCUCAGCCGUGGGAACACUCGCUGGAGGAGAAUGCUGCCCGAAUAGCCGCGGAAGACGUCGCCGUCUGCUCCGGAGUAAAUCUUCCCGUCAGGCUCACUUCGGCUGCAGCAGAGGAUAGCUCUGCAGUAAACAGAGAGUUGGAUGCUCUACUGGAGGUGGUGCAGCCUGCACUGUUCAACUCUAGUCUGCAGACCAUUGGCGUCGUUUACACUGGCUGCUCAGAGGGUGUCAGAGUAUUGGCAGAGGUCCUCAGCAGCAGGACCUACCAGAUCCCCCUGGUGUGCACCCUCUCUCUCUCUCUUCUCUCUAUUCUUUCUCUCUUCUCAGUUGAUAUAUUACAUGCCGACCUUAUCUCUUGCACUGAUGUUUGUGUUUACGUUGGCCGUGGUAAGCCACACUUAGUUUAUUUCCACACUUUUCCAUUCAGUCAAUUAAUGGUGGCAUGUGGUAGGCACUUGCAAGUGUGCCACCAUUAAUAGAUUAAUCAACAUAUCUGAGGAAAUUACGUGAUUAGCUAUUACUCUAUUUCUUAUAAACAGCUCAGUUUUCGUUUCCUUCCCUCACCGCACCACUCCACUGGAAACCACUACUACCAUACUCGUAUUGUCCCGGAAGAAGCAGCUCUCACUCCUGCAGUUGUGACUGUAAUCACUCAGUUCAGCUGGACGCGAGUGGCCCUACUAUCAGAGAACACUCCUGCUUUCAAACAGCUCCACAACGACAUGCUGGGAGAGCUGGAUGAGAGUGGUGUGUCUGUCCACCAUCAGCUGAUUCUUGACUCCGCCCCCAAACUCCUCCCACCAGACACACACACCCUCUUUGGUGAAGAUGUGAAAGUGUUUGUCCUUAAUAUGAGCCCACUGCUAGCCAAAGCCGUCCUCUGUUGGGCUCUGCGUGAUCUCACUUACCCAGGGUAUGCGUGGAUCACCUAUGGAUGGUAUGGGGAGCGAUGGUGGGAAGAGGGAGAGGAGGAUUCGGUCUCCUGCACAGCUCAGCAGCUAGCUGUCUACCUGGAGAGAUCACUGGCUGUCUCUCACUACCCCACCUGGACGGUAGGAGAGGGCUCGGGAACUGUGACCGACCAACCAACCUGCCUGAAGUCUGGCCUUGAGUUGACUAACGAGCUCCUCCUCAGAGCCGCUCCGCCCACGACUCCGCCCCCUGGCCUCCGUUCACCACUCCCUCCCUCGGUGUACCUGGUCUACGAUGCCGUCUGGACAGCUGCAUUGGCCCACACCACAGCUCCACUCUCACGGUACCCCGAGACAGUCGACAAAGUCUCCUUUGAAGGAUCGUCUGGCCUCGUGUCGUUUGGCAAUGGAACCAGAGAACUUUUCCAACUCACUCUCUUUCAAUACAGAAGAGUGAAUGGUGAACUGCAGAGGGUGACAGUUGCUAGUCUUACACCUUUGGAAGACAGCUCUCACUAUGACAUCACUUUUAACGAAGGGGAAACCCCUGCCACAGUUUGGCCUAAUGGGGUUCCACCCGAUGGGACACCGAUACAAGUGGAGCAUUUUCCUUACCCUGCCCUGAUGGGUAUUGUGUACACCUACUCUCUACUUGGUGUGCUGUUUGCCCUCGGAUGUCUCGCCUUUAAUCUGGUCUUCCGCAAGAGAAAGCUGAUCAGGUUGACUAGUCCAAAUCUCAACAAUAUCAUAGUCCUCGGGGCCAUUGUUCUUUACCUGGCUGGCCUCGCCUUCUUCUACCCCCAGGGAGCCUCUCGCACUGGCAUCAUAUGGGGCUGCAACCUAAGGGCAUGGACGGCAGCCCUUGGGUUCUCUGCAUGUUACGGAACUCUCAACGUAAAGAUGUGGAGAGUCUACUCAAUAUGUAGGAACCCCAGACCUUCCAUGUCCAAAAGUCUGAUCAAAGAUUACCACCUGGUGUUACUGGUCCUAGGAUUCGUGAUGGUCGACACUAUCACACUAGUGGUCAUCACGUCUCUGGACAACUCUCGAUUCACCGUCAUUACCAUCCCCAACAAGCAGGAUCCCACCCCUCGCAUCAAUGAAGAGGGUAUAAAGGAAGUGUCGGUGGUGUCUCGUUGCCUCUCCACCACUGAACCCUAUUGGCUCUCAAUCCUCUUUGGUUACAAGGCCAUCAUCCAAGCCAUCGGACUGUACCUGGCUUUCAAGAUCCGCAACAUCAAGAUUCGCGGUCUGAACGACUCGCGAGAGGUCUCCAUCACUCUCUACAUAUCGAGCAUGAUUCUUUUCAUCGUUGUGGUAGUGACGUUUGUCUAUGGUGACUAUAUUGAUGUGGACGGGUUUGUGUAUGGUUUUGGACUCUCUACUUGUGCAACUGUAGUCCUUUCCCUCACCUUCAUUACCAAGAUGGUGAAUCUCUACAGGGAUCCUGAGGGCAAGGACAUAUUCCAGGCCCCCACUAGCACUGAUGCAGACCCUGGGACUGACAUUUACUACCUCCAGAGGAGAGUCAGAGAGCUAGAGAAACAAGUGGAGCUGGCCAGAAGUCAAGAGAACCUGCUGGACAUUGGAACACCCAAAUCACUGUCUAUUGCACCACCUCCCAUGUCAUCGUCAACAAACACCCCACCCAGCACUAGCGACUCUGUGACUACUUCUAGAGCACAGGCACCUUCCGACUAUGAACAGUAAAAUCGAUGUGCGAAACUGAUGUGCGCAUGCGCAAUUAAGUACGUCUUAUGUGUACAGGUUCAUUCAGC